CGGGGGGAAGGCGCCGUAGCCGCGCCCGGCAGCGGAGAGGAGCGUCCGCCGGGGAGCCAUGGGGCACCCGCCGCUGGAGUUCAGCGACUGCUACCUGGACAGCCCCGACUUCCGAGAGCGGCUGAAGUGCUACGAGCAGGAGCUGGAGCGGACCAACAAGUUCAUCAAGGAGGUGAUCAAGGACGGCAACGCGCUCAUCGCCGCCAUACGGGGUUACUCAUCGGCAGUACAGAAAUUCUCCCAGACUUUGCAGUCCUUUCAGUUCGACUUUAUUGGUGACACACUAACAGAUGAUGAGAUUAAUAUUGCUGAGUCCUUUAAGGAGUUUGCAGAGCUGCUCCACGAGGUAGAGCUGGAGAGGUCCAUGAUGGUACAGAAUGCUAGUGAUUUGCUGAUCAAACCUUUGGAAAACUUUCGGAAGGAGCAAAUAGGGUUCACCAAGGAAAGAAAGAAAAAGUUUGAGAAGGAUGGUGAGAAGUUUUAUUCUAUGCUGGAUCGCCAUUUGCAUUUGUCUUCCAAAAAGAAGGAAUCCCAAUUACAGGAGGCUGACCUUCAGGUUGACAAAGAGAGACACAAUUUCUUUGAGUCCUCCCUCGAGUAUGUGUACCAGAUCCAGGAGGUGCAAGAAAGCAAGAAAUUCAGUAUUGUUGAACCGGUGCUGGCUUUUCUCCACAGCCUCUUUACUUACAACAACCUGACAGUUGAGCUCACACAGGAUUUCCUCCCUUACAAACAGCAGCUUCAGCUCAGCCUGCAGAAUACAAGGAAUCAUUUUUCCAGCACGCGGGAGGAGCUGGAAGACCUGAAGAAGAGGAUGAAGGAAGCCCCUCUAACCUGCAAGCUACCUGGGCAGCCAACCAUUGAGGGCUAUCUCUACACUCAGGAGAAAUGGGCGCUGGGCAUCUCCUGGGUGAAAUAUUACUGCCAGUAUGAAAAAGAGGCAAAAACCUUACGGAUGACGCCUAUGGACCAGAAGCCUGGGGCUAAGCAAGGUACCUUAGACCUGACACUGAAAUCCUGUGUAAGGAGAAAGACUGACUCUAUAGACAAAAGGUUUUGUUUUGACAUUGAAACUAAUGAAAGGUCUGGGACCAUCACGCUGCAAGCACUCUCGGAAGCUAAUCGAAGGCUGUGGAUGGAAGCCAUGGACGGGAAGGAGCCCAUCUACCACAGUCCCAUCACGAAACAGGAAGAGAUGGAACUGAACGAGGUUGGCUUCAAGUUUGUACGCAAGUGCAUCAACGCAGUGGAAACAAAAGGGAUUACUACAGAGGGUGUCUACCGGACUGUUGGCAGCAAUAUUCAGGUGCAGAAGUUGCUGAAUGCCUUUUUUGAUCCAAAAUGUCCAGGGGACGUGGAUCUCCAAAGUGGCGAUUGGGACAUCAAGACGAUUACCAGCUCACUGAAGUUUUAUCUCAGGAACCUGUCUGAACCCGUCAUGACGUACAAGCUCCACAAAGAGUUGGUCCUGGCUGCCAAAUCUGAGAACCUGGAUUACAGACUGGGAGCCAUUCACGCGCUCGUCUAUAAACUACCUGACAAGAACAGAGAGAUGUUAGAGCUCCUCAUACAACACCUCGUCAACAUAUGUGAGCACAGCCGAGAGAAUCUGAUGUCACCGUCUAACAUGGGAGUGAUAUUUGGACCUACCCUCAUGCGAGCACAGGAGGACACCGUGGCAGCGAUGAUGAACAUCAAGUUCCAAAACAUAGUAGUUGAGAUCCUCAUCGAGCACUUUGGGAAGAUCUACUCCGGCCCUCCAGAAGACACCACUGCCCCCCCAGUGCCUCCUCCCAGGGUGGCUGCCCGGCGACACAAACCCAUCACCAUUUCCAAACGUCCUCUGAGGGAAAGACCCGUCUUCUUCGGUGCUUCUGUGGAAGAAAGUGGAGCAGACCGGCACGGCCAGACCCCCAACGGCAGUGGCAGUGUCGGCGUCGGCCCGGAAGCCCCCAAGCCGCUGCACCGCAGCCGCCUGCCCACGCCCCGGCCAGGGGGGGACGAGCCGGGGCGUCCCCCCACCGAGGGCCGGCCUGACCCGCGUGCUGAGGCGGAGGUGGGGAAGAUGGUGGCCAGGCUGCAGGAUGGAGGAGUGAAGCUGGCCGGCAAGGCUGCCAACGGGGUGGUGGCCAGCCCUGCCCUGAGGACCUCCACGCUCCAGGCCAGGAGACCGGCUCCCCGGCCAGGGAUCUACGGCAGAGAGGGCGAGUGCGACGGUGUCCCUAAGGCACGAUCCCAUGGUGAUAAACCUGUGAUAACGCGUCCCCCUGUGAGACCUCCGGACCCACCGUGCCGCACUCCUGUCCCUCCGAGGCUGGAGCAGAGGCCAGAUCUGAUAGCAGGAACAGCAGAAGAGAUGCCUUCAUCUGUGGUGGCCUCUAGGACAAAGUUCUUUGAGACAGCUUCCCGAAGAACAAGCAAUUCUUCAUCACCACAAGGCAGGAUCCCAGGUGAUGAGAGCUGAGGCUAAAGACUUUGUAAGCACCUCAGCCCAACUAGACCCAGGAGAUUUUGUGCUUGUGAAACGGACGUGUCACAGCUAAGACUUUUCCAGUUCUGGUGCCCCUGGAGAGCAGCUAUCUUACCGGAUGAUAAUUUCAGAGCACGCUGUUGUAAGUGGCUCAAGAAAUUAGAAGAGAGGGAGAUAACGAUGGGGAGAAGACACUACCCACACAUAUGUGUUGAACUGUUCCCAGUCCUUCCGCCACUCCUCUCUGCGCAGGCUGUGAAGGAUGAUCAUGUGUGCCCGUUCAGGUGACCAGCAACUUUUGCAGGGCUGGGUGAACACCGACGAGCUGUGGAAGGGACCGCGGGGGAUGGGAGUGGCCAUUUAUCUGCUCACUUUUUGGUAAAUGCGCCUUGGCAAGAGUGACCUUGGACAGACAUUGGAGUCAGAACGCAAGGGGCUGACUCCCCGUGCUUGGAUGCAAGGGUAGAAUGACUGGAGUUUGGGUUGCCCCCCCUUGCCAUGAGAAGCUCCUUCCUUUAUGUUAUGUUUUCCUUGCUCAGUAAGCUAUAGUGUGUUUUUCAGUGUGUAGAAGAGCAGUGUAUGUUACUGGAAAUGCUGCUGGUGCUAAGGCAGGCAGGACAGGAAUUGGGGGGACCAUCAUGCUUAGCUCUGCAGGACAUCUCUUCAUCUCCUCCCUGGCGUCGGCAUGCCCCCGUCCUGGAAAACCGUGCCGGCAGACAUGGAUGUGCCAGGGGGCUUUGCCUGAGUGGGGCCGCAGCCCCUGCCUGUGGGUCGGCUUUCUGGGCAGCACCGGUCGGGUCAGCAGCCUCUGAGAGCACCGCUGGGAGAAGGAAGCGGCAGGAGUUGUUCCUCGUCCUCCUCCUCCUCUUCCUCCUGUGUGAGCCACUGUCCCACCAGAUCCACUUCCCUCAGGCCCACCAAGAAGUCUCUGUCCCAGGGUUGUUCUGGUGGACCAGCACAGAGGUGGCGAGGAACUGAAACUCGAUGAGUGUGGGUCAACCCAUUUUUCUGAGAGGCGCACAGUUUCUUGUUUGCUUGUUACAUUAAUUUCCAGUCCAAGAGAUGUCCAGUCUCUUUAACUCAGCAGCGGCCGUGUAGAUGAUGCCCUUUGGUCUGGAAGGUUUCUCCUAACCAGGACCACCCCUAGUAUCCCUGUUAACAGUAGAGGCUUAUUGUCGUUCCAGCUGACACCAGGGCUCAGUUCCUGAGCUGUAGUGUUUGCCUGUAAAUAGGCAAUGAGUGGCUUCCCUGCUUCCUCUCACCUGCUCAAAGGCGGCUUCCAUGUUUUGAAUGAUUUUCCUUGGGUGCUGGGAGCAUUCCCAAAUCAGUGGCCAAACAUCCCCAUUAGCUGCUUCCCGGGUGCUCCAUCCUCUCGAGCGCGCUUUGCCUCCUGCCUGGUGCAGGUUUGCCAGUGGGAUGCUGCCGCGGUCCUUCCCGUGCUGUCUGCUGAUGCUUGCCUUGUGUGUGCGUCUAGCACCUGUCUGCUUUAUUGCUGAAUGUAAUUCUGGCGUUCACUGGACACACACGUGUUGUGUCAAUGGUGCUUCUGCUCCCUCGGGCUUUGGCGGUGCCCCAGCUGCUCACUCCUGUACUCCUGCUUUGAACAGUGGCACAUAAAAGUGGCUUUAAGAAAAAAAAAAAAAAAAGCGAUAUCAAUGCCUAGACUGUAUUACACACACUGGCAUCUCAGGGCUUUUCAAAGCUACAGUGAGCCCUUUCUGCUGCACCCUCUCAUGAGUGGCCAGGAGGUGUGAGCAGCACCAAAACAGAGCGCAUUGUGUUUUUCUGAUCAGGUAUCUGAGAGAGCAGGUCAGACGGAGCUGUGAGCCAGCAAGGUGCCCUGACCAGCCCAGAACGGCUGUGGUGGCUGGGAAGCCUCUCCAGCAGCCCGGCUGCGGAGCCCCAGUCUCCUGCCGUGGAUGGGCACUGGUGCCCAAGCCUGCCCUUUGGUGGCUUUGUCACCCUCUUGGGGUGGCUGUCCCAGAGGACAGAGCUAGGGUCUGCGGGAAGAAAGAAAUCCGAGGGAGUUUGGUUUUAAGUCUGACAUUGCAAACAAUGGAGGGAAGCAGCUUACUAGAAACGUAUUUCAUUGUGUCCUUAAGUAAUUUCUCACGUGUGUGUGCUGGUUUUUCCUCCUCUGUGCGUGCAGCCGAACGCUGGGGACCAGCGGUGGAGCGGUGGUAGGUUGUAUCAGCUGUGCCGGUGGAGGCCUGUGGGGCACAAUCCCUGCUGCCAGUGCCACAGGAGCAACACAGCUGGGAACGCAGGAUUUGCCCUGUGCAGCCUGGCAGGGCCCGCAGACAUCAGCCAUCAGAGCCAUUUUGUCAUGUAAAAGCGUAGAUUACUUCAAGUGUUUAUAAAGUUUCCAUGAAGUAAAAAAAAAAAAAAAAAGAGUCCCAAGUAUGCUUUUUCCUCCUUUAAGCAAUGCCCCAGUGUUGCCCAUGCUGCAGCCAUCCUCUGCUCUGCAGAUCCCACUGCUCGGGUACCACAGGCACCCCGGCGAUGCAGCCGACCCUCCCUGCGUGUGGCCAGGGCACAUGAGCGUGACUUGGGGCAGUGGGUUUGCACAGGGGUGGGUUGAGCAUGGACCCCCUUGUUCUGCCUGUUACAGAGAGGCAUGUUUGGUAGUAUGUGGUUUUAAAAUGUUUUCUCAUUUUUAACUUCAGCUGCCUGGUUCUUGUUCAGCUGCCUCUGUCAGCAUAAACACCUUUCUACUUAUUUAUGAUUACUGCAGACACAGCACUGGCUUCUUUCCAUCUAUCCAACAUCUUUUUCCCCUCCUCAUAUCUGUUUUCCCAUCCCUCUCAACUCUGAUGUUAAUGUGCACUACCAUUUGCUUUUCAGGCGUCUUGCUUUUAUUUAACAAAAAGAUCUCUCACAGGAGAAAACAGCUUUGUCUCUUAAAUGGGAGUCUUGCAACCUGCUUUUGAGCCUGAAUUUAUGGAGAAGUGCCCGACCAAGGUGACCACACAGGAGCUGGCAGCAGCAUGUGAGGUACCAGGAGAGGGAGGGUGCUCCUGGGAUAAGCGUGGGGUGGGCGAGCUGUCCCUGCUGCUUGGCAGCCUGCACGGUUUGCUUCUCUGCCCCAAGAGGAGAUGCAGCCGAUUUCCACACUUCCUAAAUACACCACUCACUCCUUUGUUGAGUGAUACUUUUUAAAUUUUUUUUUUUUAACCUAAUAACAUGUGGCUGGAAAAGGCUGCAGCUGAGGAACCCCUCCGGCGGUUUGAGAUGAAUGAAUUCAGCUCUAGUGUCUCUGAGGGUCUUCAGCUGAAUGAUGGGGAGCUUUCUCAUCUACACCCUUUUUCAGGCCUCUAAUUGCCGUAUUCUUCUCAGCAUCCUUGCUGCAAUUACUUUGUACCAUCCUAGCCUUAGUUCAAGGGCGCUGAGCGUUGCAGCAUGCGCUCCAGGUUUGCAGGCUCAGAGCAGGUCUGUGUCAUGCCCCGGCUCCAGGCCCCCGAGCAAGCACCCGGCUGGGCGCCGUCCCGGCUGAGCACGGUCCUGCCUUCCCAGUCCCCGGUCAGCAUCGCGGCACGGGGCCUGAGACCCCGCUUGCAGCGGCAGGAGCGGUCCCCGGCAGUGGCAUCCAGCGCUCCACGGCUCCCCCAAGGGGCAGCUGGGCAUGGGGUGCCUGCCUCCCCCCAGCACCCCAAAGCACCGCAUCUUUCUUCCAGCCCCAGGAAUACCCAGUGCCCUUUAAGCCCCUGCACCGUCCGCCAUAAGGGAGCAGGAAUGGAAAAGGAGUCCCUGAAGCACCUUUGCCACAGUAGGAUUUAUUGCAGCUCUGUGCAUUUUGACAGUCUUGGCCUUUCUUCUCUUACCAAAGAAGAAAAUCACUCUCCUGGCAGGGAGCGUGAGUGAAAUGCUGAUUUCCUCAUAGCUGGGCUCUGCCGUUAGCAGUGGGCUGAAUCGCACAGUUCAUGCAUGGGGCUUGUGGCACAUAACGUGCAAUGCUUCCUUUGCUCCCUUUUUGGUUUUCCACAUCUCUUCAGCUGGAAAGACUAAUCCUAAUAACGUAAACUGGCAAGAGCCAACAGUCCCGAUCAAAUACUACAGCGCGCAACAGGCCGGGGAGCCUGGCUGAGACCCUUCCUCAGCUCCUCCAGCCCAAUGUGCAGCUCAUUGCAGCCUGAGUGCUUGCGGGGCUCAGGGGCUGAAACUGCUCAUUCGCAAGGGCUCGGGUCAAAUCUGUAAUUUGGAGAGCUCAGCGCGUAGGCGGGUGCUCAAGCUGGGGGCCAUUGGCUCGGCUGUGGGUUGCACCCUCUGCCAUGGGGGCAGGAGAGGGGCCAGAGAGGGAAGGAGUGGGCAGGUGGCUCCGGCUGGCACCGGGACAUCACCUGGAGAUGCUCCAUGGCCCCGAGGGUCCUGCCUGCCACUGGCACAGGCAACGGCAUGACCCUCUGUGCGUCCUUUUAUAAAUUAACCUAAUCCCAUCUUAACCACAGCUAGGUUUUGAUUAAGCCCCCGAGCAAGAAUACAGACUGCACAAUCUCAUUUCUUUCGUGAUUAGAAACCUUCUCCUGUUUUUCAUCCCAGGAAUAUUUGGGGCUGUUAUUGCUGAGUUACCUCUGGGGUACUGAAGGACAGGGUGGAGGUUUGUCAGCAAUAAUUUGGGGAGGGAAAUGGUGAUGGUGAGAUGGGAACUGCUUACCAGGACUGCAGUCACCGGGCACUGCUGCAGCAGCCAGGAGACCAGGGCCGGGGCCGUGUGCUGGGAGCAGUGUGGGAUGCAGGGAAAGGCUGGAUAAAGCGUGUGGGGGUGGGUGGGCUUGGGAGCAGCCCCCAUCUGCCCUCCUAUCACCAGGCAAGCUGCUUUGUCCAGGUCUUGCUGUGUUUGCAGUCCUGACCUGCACCCAAAGGGUCUGGCUGCAGCCGCAGCUGCCGCUGCGGGUACCCUGGGGCUGGCAGAAAAUCUCACUGCAUUUUCAUCCAGAGUCGCUUGGGCUCUAGGCUUGCCGGUAAAAACACAAAACGCUUCAAUGUUGGAACUAACAAAAGAUCCUUGUUAAAUCUAGAAAAAAUGACCAGCAGCAUUGUGGAGCGGCGGCUGCCCCUCAGGGGGCUGGCAGCGGGCACAGCCCCACACGUGGCAUCCCCUGCCGGGUGCCUGCUGGGGGGCACAUCCCACCCUGCUCCUGUGCCCGGGAGCAUCCCCUGCCUGGGAUGGACACAGGGUCAUGAUGCCCAGGUAGCACAAGCCAAAGCAGUAGCUUGAGGGUUGGGGUUUUUUUUUCUUUUUCCCCGGCUCUUUGUUUCUCUGUAGCUUCCUUUGGGGGCUGUAAUUUUUCCAGGGGUGGAUGCCUUCAAAACAACAGUGUUUCAGUGAAAGAAACUGUUUUCUUUUUCUAUUAGCCCUUGUAGUGAAUGAUUACAGACUGGAAGGAGCACUGAGGUGCUAUCCCAACAAUUCUGGUGUCCCAACCCCCAGGUGCGUGGUUUGCUUUCUUAAGGAAAAUGUUUUGAUUUCAUCUGAGCAAGAAAAAUAUUUUCCAGCAUAAGUAAUACCUUGUAGUUUUUUAUACAGAGAAAAGAUAUCAAAACAAGAAGUUUCAAAGCUCAAGACUGGGCCUCAGAGAGAAAUUCCCAGAUGAAGGAUUUGGAGAGGUUAAAGGCACACUUCAGUAGACACAUCUAUAUGAUAAGUUUAGAAUUGAAAUGUACUUAGUGGAGCACUGACAUCUUAAUUUAUGUGCUGCACAGAGAUCCAUAAAGGCACAGGAAUCCACCCACGCAGGACUUCUUGCUAGAUCAGAGUCUUAGUUUUAAACUCCAUAAUUCUCUCUGGCCCAACUCGCUGCACAAUUAACCAGCUGAAUGCUCUGAUUUAGGACCAGCUUUCUACACCAGACAUUUUCUUGGCAACUGUCAGCAGCAUUACUUGGCCUAUACAUCCAUAAAUCAAGAGUCAGGCCAGCAAAAAAAAUAAUAUCCUGCCAUGGACUUAAAAAUUCAGGAGGCGCUUUGAAUUAUUUCUUUACUUUCCUUAUAUUUUUGGAAGUUUAUGGAAGAAGUGCUUUCACAGCCUCUGUCAGGAUCUGUGAGAGCUCCUAAAAAGCAGAAGUUCUGAAGAUUCUUGAAAUCAUAUAUAAAAGGUUGCUAUUUCCAUGGAGGCUUAGAGAAACACCCCUUCACCCCCCCCAGCACAUUGCCCCCCAGGACCUCCAUCCUCCUGCAGGUCCAGCAUCCUUUGCUCUUUGCAUCCUUUGUGUCCUGCACACCCUGGUCCCUCCCCGGUGCCUCGGCCCCGCGGGCUCAUCCCGGCACUGUGCUGCCGGGCCAUGCCCCUGCGGUUGCUCUGCUCCAGCGGGGACGGGACGCGGGGCACGCAGGUCCCUGCUCGCCCUCUCGUUGGCGUCUACCUGCCGCCGGUGGUGGGAGGCGGCAGCAAUUUUGGGCAAGGAGCAAACCCCAGAGUUGGCUGACAUUCCUCGUGUCAAGAGCACACGAGUCGGCGUGACCGCACCGAGGUCUGUGGCUGCUGGACAAGCUGCCGGAGCCCAGCACACAUGGAGGGCAGAGCAGCUCCCAGCGCCUCUCCCAGCUGCGCAUGCCGCGCUUUGCUCAAGUCAGGCAGGAUGCAGGAGGUGCCAAGUGUGCUGAGAUGGGAACUUCAACAGUAGUGAGAAACAGGCAACCGCCGUCAUCAAACAACUGAGUUGCUGGCGACUCUAGCAUCCCUCCAGUGAAGCAGCAAUGCCUUCUCCAUGCGGGGUGCUCCUCGCCCAGCGCAUCACAUACUUCUGAUACAGAAAGGAACCUCCUGAGGGGCCCCUGCCCCUUCCUAGCUGCUCCCUGGGCAGGGAUGGGGUGAGCUGCAGGGGCGGUCAGAGAAAGGGCAGUAAAGAAGAAGGGCUGGGGGCCAGACCCUGGGUGUCCCCCUGGAGUAGCCAGCCUGGGGACUGCUGCAGCCGGACCGGGCAGGUCACUCAUCUCCUCAUCAGAGACAGCUACACGGGCAAACCUGAUGACUUGCCCCAGCUCAGCGAUGCAUGCCAACGAUAUGUGCUGCCAGCCUUGUUAUUCAUCUCCACGCUUUUCUCGACAGUAAGGAUGAUUUCUGUGUGAGGCUGGUGUGUGCACACAUGGUAAAAAAAA